AUGUUUUAUGUUUAACAGGUUUAGACUUACAGAUUGUUGGUUGUUUUAUCUGAGUAGAAGUAUCAGAAAAGAGUCAUGGCCCCGGAAAUUUUCCAUGAAGAAUUCGAAAAGGCCGGUAAACGAGAAGGAAUGGAAAUAUGGAGAGUAGAAAACAUGGAAGUGGUUCCAAUCCCGAAGAAAUCAUACGGAAGCUUUUUCUCUGGCGAUGCCUACAUCAUACUUGUUACACGUAAGAUGGGCAGUGGAGCUUCGUACAAUCUGCAUUUCUGGCUUGGAAAUAACUCAAGUACAGAUGAACAAGGUGCUGCCGCUAUGCUGGCUACACAACUUGACGACUAUCUUGGUGGGGACCCAGUUCAAUACAGAGAAACACAGGGCAACGAGUCGACGAUGUUUAAGGCCUACUUCAAAAGUGGUAUCGUCUACUGUAAGGGUGGAGUAGCAUCUGGGUUUAAACACGUCGAAACCAACCAGUAUGAUGUCCGACGUCUAUUGCGCGUAAAAGGAAGAAAAACUGUGAAUGCGACCGAGCAGGACUUUGCUUGGACAUCAUUUAACCUGGGCGAUGUAUUUCUUGUUGAUUUGGGCAAGAUUAUCAUUCAAUGGAACGGACCUGAGAGUAAUAGAAUGGAACGAUUGAAGGCUACCAUCCUGGCCAAAGAUAUUCGUGAUCGUGAGCGUGGUGGACGAGGUCAAGUCCUUAUCGUGGAUGGGGAGAACGAGAAAACAAGUGACAAGGCGUAUGGGGCCAUGCUGAAAUUGUUGGGCGACAAACCAAAACUGAAUCCAGCUAUACCAGAUGAAAUUGCAAGCAGGAACAAACUCAGUCAGUUGAAGCUUUUCCAAGCUUAUGAACGUGUCACUGAUCAAACGGGCCAACUAACUGUCCAAGAAGUUGCAACAAAACCACUCACCCAAGAUUUACUUAAUCACGAUGAUUGUUACAUACUUGAUCAAGGUGGCAGCAACAUUUUUGUCUGGAAGGGCAAGAGUGCAAGCAAAGAAGAAAGAUCUGGGGCAAUGCAAAGGGCAAUUGGCUACAUGGAAGCAAAGGGGUAUUCACAUCACACAAAAAUCGAGGCAGUUCCAGAUGGAGCAGAAUCUGCAAUGUUUAAACAAUUAUUCAAAGGCUGGAGGUCUCAUAACGAAACAGUUGGCAGGGGAAGCACUUACACAAGAGGAAAUAUUGCUAAAGUAGCGCAUGUGAAGUUUGAUGCCACCACCAUGCACGCACAACCUGAACUUGCUGCACAACAUAGAAUGGUGGACGAUGGAAGUGGUGAUGUGGAGAUCUGGAGAAUUGAAAACAAUGAGUUGGCCGAAGUAGACAGAGAUACUUAUGGUCAAUUCUAUGGGGGGGAUUGCUACCUUAUUCUCUAUACCUACCUUAAUAAUGGAAAGAAGAACUAUAUCAUCUACUAUUGGCAGGGUCGACAUGCCACACAAGACGAGAUCACGGCAUCUGCAUUCCAUGCGGUGGCGCUAGACGACAAAUACGAUGGGGCACCGGUUCAGAUUCGUGUUAUUAUGGGGAAAGAACCAAAACAUUUCAUGGCCAUGUUCAAAGGAAAACUCAUCAUAUUUGAAGGUGGAACAUCCAGGAAGACUGAGGAACCAACUGAAGCUCCAGCAAGGAGACUUUUCCAAGUUCGUGGAACGAAUGAGUUCAACACAAAAGCUGUAGAAGUCAGUUCUGCAGCGUCAUCUCUUAAUUCAAACGAUGUCUUUCUGUUCAAGACACCACUGGAGAUGUACAUGUGGUGUGGUAAAGGUUGUAGUGGGGAUGAAAGAGAAAUGGCAAAGAAUGUUUCCAAAGUCAUCUCACACAGAGACCUUGAGACAGUGUCUGAAGGAAAUGAGAGCACUCAAUUCUGGGCUGCAUUGGGAGGGAAAGUUCCUUAUGCAAAUUCUCCUAAACUGCAAGAGGCAGACGAAGCCUCAGAAGUGGCACGACUCUUCGAAUGUAGCAAUGCUUCAGGAAACUUUGUGUGUGAGGAGAUCUGUAACUUCAGUCAGGAAGAUUUGGAUGAGGAUGAUGUGAUGUUGCUAGAUACUCACUCUGAGUUGUUCUUGUGGAUCGGCAAAGGGGCAAACAAACAAGAGAAAGAAGAAUCUUUGGUCACCGCGAUUAAUUAUCUUCGUACCGACCCAACUGGGUCCCGUGACCCCCACACACCAAUUAUAACAGUUAAACAAGGAUUUGAACCUCCAAUAUUCUCCGGCUGGUUUAUGGCUUGGGAUCCAUCUAAAUGGAGUGGAAACAAAACAUACGAAGACUUAAAACGAGAACUUGGUGGGCAGGAAGAUUUGUUCGAUUCCAUGCUUGCUUCUGCUUUACCAGCGCGUGCAACUCAACAAGCAGCAGCAGCAGCUUCUACAACAACAAACAGCAAUUCACAACCUGCUAACCAUGUUGAUGGGACGAUCAACUAUUAUGGGUUGGAUAAACUAACAGUGGCAGCAGAGGACUUACCACCAGAUGUUGAUGCUACGAAGAAAGAGCAACAUUUAAGCGACAGUGACUUUGAGUUGGUAUUUGGAAUGAGCAAGCUUGAUUUCUCAAACAAACCAGCUUGGAAACAAUCGGAUCUCAAAAAGAAACAGAAUUUAUUCUGAGUAUCACACAAUGGAAACCAACAAAAUUAGUUUAAAAAGUCAAUAUUUUUUAUCGAUUACUGAUUAUUUGGCCACUUUCGGCAAAAUGACGUCACAUACACGUACGUACUUUACAGGGAACAUAAUUCAUAGUGACGACAUAAUAGCAACUGUGACGAAUGAAAGUUUGCUGUGAUUUUUCGACUGUGAUAUAUUACCAAAUAAUUUCUUCACAAUGUAAAACAAAAUAUCAUUUUUGUAUAUUAUUCAUAUUUUAAUCCUUGUCUAUUAUAAUGUUAUAACCUGCACUAAAUACUAAAGCCCUGUUCCUAUAAAUCACAUCAUUCCAAAGUUAGAAUGUUCCCAUUAUAAAUUUAACGUCAUCUAAACGAUACGUCAUCUCUAUAUUACGUAGCAGUAUGUUAUAUUUCCAAAUAAUCAACUUUAUACCAAAGAAAAUGCCUGUAAACUACGUUCCUAUAAAUUGCAGUGUAAUGUAAUAUAAGUAGUGGCAAUGUCCGUGAGUUUUUUAAUUCUUGCAGUCUUAUGUUUACUGCACGUAUAUUGUUGUUAUGUGUAGAUGUGUUUAACUUGUAAUUCCAAUUAAUCAAAUAUUAUAAUGCAAUUACUAAUGUGGUAUAAAUUGUCAAUAGAAUCUCAUUGUGUUUA